UUGCUAUAUAUAAAUUACAAUGAUCACAAGAAACGGGCCACACAAAAAUAGUGGUGCCUACUUUGUUUGACAUAAUGGCUCAACUGCAGAAGCAACAAAACUUCUGCUUUGUCCUUCUUCUCUUUGUGGCACUGGGUAUAGCUUAUGCUAGAGAAGCUUUUGAAGUUAGCUUCCAACAGAACUACAAGAUUGCAUGGGGAAAGCAUCAUAUCUUCUUUCUACAGCAUGGUAGAGAAGUUCAACUCUCAAUUGAUAAGACUUCAGGGGCUGGUUUCAGAUCAAAAUUGGAGUAUGCUUCUGGAUUCUUCCAAAUGAGAAUAAAGAUACCCAACAAGGACUGUAGAGGAGUUGUGACAGCCUUUUAUCUGACUUCAACUGCCUAUAAACAUUUGGGAGCAAAACAUGACGAGAUUGACUUUGAAUUCUUGGGCAACAAUGGACAGCCUCAUACCUUGCAGACCAAUGUUUUUACAAAUGAUGAAGGAGGAAGAGAGCAAAGGCAUAGCCUCUGGUUUGAUCCAACAAUUAUUUUUCAUACUUAUGGAGUCCUUUGGAACCAACAUCAAAUAGUGUUUUACGUGGAUGAAAUACCAAUUAGAGUAUUCAAGAACUACUCCAAUGUGGGAGUGAGUUUUCCUUCACAACAAAUGCACGUUACGGCUAGCAUAUGGAAUGGUGAACCUUGGGCAUCUAAUGGGAAGAGAAUUGACUGGAAGCAAGCACCCUUCACUGCUCAGUUUCAAGGUUUCAAUAUUCAUGGUUGCCAAACCCAAAAUUACAACAAACAUGCCUGCUAUUCUCCUUAUUUAUGGUGGAAUGACAAGAAACAUUGGAAACUAAACUCUCAACAACAGAGAGCAUACGAAGAUGUGAGGAAGAAACAUUUGUUGUAUGACUAUUGUUCUGAUAGAGGAGAAUUGCACAAGGAAUGUCAAAUUAAUUAGGUGAUUAAUUGAUAAUACGACUAGUAAUUAGUAAGUCAUAAAUUAUAAAUAAGGAAGAAAAACCAAGAAAUGAUACAUAUCCUGAAUGUAUCAGAUUAAUUAGGACGGUAUAUAAAAAUUCUAAUUAGUAUUUGUGAUGAUUGAUCAUUUGACAAAACAACGGGAGACUUUACAAUAAAUACAUGAAUAUAAUAUGUUUAUCUCAUUUCAUAAA